CGCCAAGCGCCGGCACCUUCGGCUGCCCUUCUACAUGCUCUACUUGGGUACCGUCCCUCGGGCUGGCGGCCGAAAGCGGCGCAGGCGGGGGCCUCCUGCCCCGCUCCAGGCCCUCGCGGCGGGACGUCAAUCACCGCCUUUCCUCCCGGCCGAAGGGCGGCCGAGGUUACGGCCCGGUGUGACUAAGAGGCCAAAACCCCCAUCGGCUCCGCAGCCAGCUGGGCGAGGAGGAAGGCGGCGGGGUGGGGGCUCCCCCAUGGCACCGCGGCAGGGAGCCGGGCAGGCGGAGGAGGACGGGGGAAGAGCCCAUGCCCUUUCCCAUGGGCAGCCUGCCCGGUUAUCAGCAGGGGACCCUGGCCUGGGACUUGCCCGAGAUGAUCAAGAUGGUAAAGCUCGUUUGGAAGUCCAAUGGGGAGCUCCGCGGGGCGAAGCACAGAGGGGGUCUGGAGAGCGAGGACGCCCUGAGCGGUUCGGCAGGAGAUGCACGGGUGAGAGGUCAGACAGGGGUUCUCUCAGAGCGCCGUGGCUCCUACCCGUUUAUAGACUUCCGUCUUCUUAACAAUUCUACACUUUCAGGGGAAAUUGGCACCAAGAAGAAAGUGAAAAGACUGUUAAGUUUCCAGAGGUAUUUCCAUGCAUCCCGGUUACUGCGUGGAAUUGUACCACAAGCCUCUCUGUACCUACUGGAUGAGGACUACCUUGGGCAAGCAAGGCAUAUGCUGUCCAAAGUGGGAAUGUGGGAUUUUGACAUUUUCUUGUUUGACCGCUUGACAAAUGGAAACAGUCUUGUAACACUGCUUUGUCACCUCUUCAAUGUGCAUGGACUUAUUCACCAUUUCCAGUUAGACAUGGUUACAUUACACAGGUUUUUAGUUAUGGUUCAAGAAGAUUACCAUAGCCAAAACCCGUACCACAAUGCUGUCCAUGCUGCUGAUGUCACCCAAGCUAUGCACUGCUAUCUGAGGGAGCCCAAGCUUGCCAACUUCCUCACCCCGUCGGACAUCAUGCUCGGACUGCUGGCUGCUGCAGCCCAUGACGUGGAUCAUCCGGGGGUCAACCAACCCUUUCUGAUUAAAACUAAACACCACCUUGCCAGCCUGUACCAGAACGUUUCAGUGCUGGAAAAUCAUCACUGGCGGUCAACGAUAGGCAUGCUUCGAGAGUCACGGCUCCUCGCCCAUCUGCCUAAGGAGGUGACACAGGACAUCGAGCAGCAAUUGGGCUCCCUGAUCCUGGCAACAGACAUCAACAGGCAGAAUGAGUUUCUGAUCCGUCUGAAAUCUCACCUCGACAAUCAGGAUUUGAGGCUGGAGGAUGCUCAAGACAGACAUUUUAUGCUUCAGAUUGCGCUCAAGUGCGCUGACAUUUGCAACCCUUGCCGGCUCUGGGAUCUGAGCAAACAGUGGAGCGAACGGGUCUGCGAAGAGUUUUACCGGCAAGGUGACCUGGAACAAAAAUUUGAACUGGAAAUAAGCCCCCUUUGUAAUCAACAGAAAGAUACAAUACCAAGCAUACAGAUCGGGUUCAUGACGUACAUUGUAGAGCCACUCUUUGAAAGGUGGGCCCAGUUUACAGGCAAUACCCCCCUAUCUGAAAACAUGCUAAACCAUCUCAGGAGGAACAAGGCCAAGUGGAGGAGUUUGCUCCACAAACAACACAGCAGUAGUAGGAGCAAUGACCACUCAGGUCAAGUGACUGGCAGCCAAGAACAGACUUUGAAUGAAGAAGAGACUCCUUAGUGGCAGCUUUGCACUUUUCUUCAUAGCACUGCUAUCUCUGUCUUGAUCACAGCAGCAAACAAAACCCUGAGGAGCUAGAAGCCUGUUGUCAAGACCAUGGAAAGGGAAGAAAUGGCAAAGCGGAAGCUGUAAGGAUCACUGCGAACAAGCCCGCGGUUCUGCUGGGUUCACUUCUGGAUCUCCUUCAUGUUCCUCUCCCCUCUCUUCAUUCUGUGCAUGCCUAAUGCCAUUCAUCACUUCUGAUCACAAACUGCCUGAAUGCAGAGUCCCAGUCAGCAGUACUGAAGCUGGGCUGGUUAUGGCUGCCAUGAAGCAGGGAAGAUUCCUUAGAGAACAGGGGAACUAGAGGCACCCUUGGUUAUAAAGUCAUUUACCACGAGUCAUACUGUGACAUAUGUAUAUAGGCCCAGAGCACUGUACGCUUUCCAAGCUGGCAGCUGGGCUGCACAUUAAACCACCAGCAUCUUCAGCAUCUAGAGGACACUGGCUGAGUGAGACAGCACUCACAGAGGGCAGAGAGAGUCUGGUUAUUUUAGUAAUUAAAACAAAAACCUUUUUAACUUUUGUAUUCUGUGCACUAAACAAGACCUAUAAACCUUGGACUGAAGUUUCUCUCUGUAUACACAACUCCAGUGUAACAAGGCUCAUUUUGGUAAGCAUUUUUAUGCCACUUUGGAUAAAAAGAUGGCAUCUUCUCAUUGCAAGGAACAGUAUUCCCUCGCAACCAAAAGGGAAGGUGUUGUACAGUCUAAACCUUUGAAACACAAACAGAUCUAUCUUUUGAGUACUGUUUCAAGUAACAUGUUUAUAUUAAUAUGUGUACAUUUUCUGUAAAUACAAAGCGCUACUGAUUCCCAUGCCAAAAUACUGGAGUACUGUGGGAUUGUUACCUGUAAAAACAUUGGCACUGUGAACAGAAUACUGUUAGUUUUAAUACAAGAGAAAGCAUUUGUAAAUAUGGUAUAGAGUUUAUUAAUAUACACCAAUUGUUUGUGGAUAAAAGCCUUAACUUUUAGCAUAAUUCAUCUUCUGAUAGCUGCCAAAAUCAUAUGAUCACAAAAUAUGAUUAUGAACUGCCUUUCCACUACCCAAGGAGUAUCAAAGGUCAUUAAGGAAUGAAGUCUGGCAGGAUAACUUCUUGAAAACUUCAAACACAUUCCAUAUGGGUCAGUGUUUUAAUCCAUGGCACCUUGCACAUUUGGCCUAGGCAAAAGUUUCACAGAGCCUGUAUUUUUAAGUUAAAACAAACACAAACAAAAAAAAAAAAACCCGACAAUACCACCACAUAAUUUAACAGUUCGACCUGAUGAUCAUUUAUUCAAGAGCUUGAUUUUUUAUUAAAUAGCUUAGUGGUCUACAAAGCAUAGCAGUCUUAAUAAUCCUGGAGUCCAAUUGUUUUCUUGAGAGAUGUUUCCCUACAUUCCCUCCUUAGAUUGCCAGCAUCAGAAUGCAUUUGUAUUUUUCUUUUCAUUAAAAAAAAUACUUCAACUGACUUUUAGAUUAGUCUCAAUGAAGGCAAAAAAUGUGUUGUCGUCUGAGUAUCAAGAAAAACCCUCUUAACAAUCAUAGCAGCUGAGGAAUUUUCUAUAGUCUUGUGCUUGUGAAAGAUCCAUGGCGUUAUCUAUGCCAUGAACAACCUCAGCUGGAAUAGUCUUCAUAAAACUUUACUUAAGCUUCCAUCAUUUCAAUGAGGUUGUAUUCUCAGACACUACUGCAUUCCACCAAAGCAAUUGUCCCCUUCUUCUCUGCCCCCAGAAAAACUAAUUACAUUCAGGUAAAGUAUGGUGGUGUUGGAAAGCCCCAGUACAUCAAACCUGUAUAGUUGUUUUCCAAAAGAAUUAGCAGAUACGGCCAUGUAGUCACAUCUAGAUGUGAAUACCUGGUAGAGGCCAACAAAGAAAGAGCUAUUUAAGUUGAUGUUUGAGAAAAUUAGUAUUUACUCAUAGGCAUGCAAGGGGAAACACAAUAUAAUUUUUCUCAGUUACAGGGAAUAUUGACUUGAUUAGACAAAGUGCUUAUAAUGUGACUAAUAUGUUUAAAGGAAAAUAAAAAGCGUAAGUAAGUUUUGGUAAAGAAUAUUUUACUCUACUAAUUCAUUGGCCAUGUAUCUUUAGAGAAAGAGACUGAAAUCCAGUGAAGCAGGAAGAUGGAAGUCACUGUGAGAACACAAAGCAUCCUGAGAACAAUUUUUUUUUCUCUACUGUUCUGUAAGCUAUCAGCAGUAGAAAACCUUCUUCUUCCUCCCUCUUCUAAAUGGGACUCACAUAUUAGAAGCACCAUGCCAAGCAAAGAGACAGAGUUGUGGUAGAAUAAAAUUAUUUCUAACUACAGGGUAUAAAUGUCUUUUUAACCACCUAAUGGUGGGGGUGGAAGCAUUACCACUUUGAAGCUUUUUAUGUGUAUUUUGUCUUCUGACAGAUUUAGGACAAUUAUUAGGAUGAUAUCCAAGCAGUGUAAAAUGCUGCUUAGAAGCACUUAAGUACAUACAAAAGGAUGUAAUUUCCCUUGUUUUGUCUUUUGACUAAAAAAAAUGGAAGCCAUUUUCUUUUUGAAACCUUCUGAAGUUUUGUUAAACAAACCUAGUGUCUAGCAGCAUAAAAAGCUCUUGACAGAUGUUAAGCUGUUUCUGAGAAGCUUCCAGAAAAUGAGCCCAACAGAAAAGCUUAGGUAGAAAUGAACUUCUGUUACAGCUACAAUAAAACUAAGACCUGUAACUAGAGCCUAAAGGAUGCAUUACAUGGCUGCACUUACCAAGUUAAAACUUACCAACUUUGAAAAGCUUCUCAUGAAAUGAGCAGGUUCUGGGGUUUUUUGGUGCACUGAACACACUUGCUAGAUUUCAAUCACCCUAAGGAAGCAAUGCUUGAAAUAGGUUCAGUGCGGCUCCAGAAAUGCUUCUGUACUUGUGAGCCAAACCCAUUACUCAAGUUUGGGUCUGGGCCAGUUUGUGUCAGGUGUGCUGAAAAGUUAGGCACUGGCAGCAGAUGCCUGGCAGCCAGGUUCACUAGGGUCUGUAAUACAGAAUGUUACCACCCGAUUUCCUGCAGAAGCCAAACCAUACCCGAUACAGCCAACCCAACAACACUGGUGCUCAGUAUACACAGUCGUGAUACAUAUUUGGUAUUCUCUAGUUUCGAGAACAUGUCUGUACUGGGAUUUCUUCCCAGGAUGCCAACAGAAUGCUAGAGCCACAUAAUAGAAAAACACCUAUGUAGAUAAUACAGAUUUCUGUCUUGCUAGCCCUAUUAGCCACUUUACAUAAAGCCCUUGUAAAUUAUUUUCCUUUCUUAAUGGGACAGUGCAGCUAAAAUAUUUUGAAGCUUUAAAACCUGGGUAGGUUUUUCAUAUUAGGAAAGAAGCAGAAAACUGCUAAAAAUAGGAGCUUGAAAUGCUUGCCCCAUACAAGUAAUUUGAUUAAACCUAGUUACUUAAAAUGCAGAUUUCACACUAUCCAAGAGGCAAAUUCUGUAUAAAUUACAGAAAUUAUAAUAAUAAAGUGGUGAUAAGUUAGACUUUAGGCUGGUUAAAGUAAUGAAUACAUAUGUAUUUUUGCUAAAGAUUUUACCAACCUUUGGGUUUUUAAAAGCCAAUGUUCCAACCGCCAGAUAAAAGCAGGGGGGGAAAGGGGGAGGAAGAACUAUUGGAAAUGCAUACCUUUGAAAUACAGAAAUGGAGAGAAAAGUAGCUGAGAUUAAAUAGGGUCUAU